UUUCCCUCGCACCCCCAAAUCCCAGCUCGUCGCCUCCCUCGCCUGAGUCGUCGUCAUCGCUUGCUCUCCGUCACCUGCGUCGUAGUUGCCGGCUCUCCCUCGUCGUCCUCGCCGGCUCUCCUUCAACAUGGCAUUUUUAUUCACUGGCGGCCGAAUCUGAAGCAGCGGGAGGAGCUGCAGUUGGUACUGGUCUGUAUGGUGGAGAGGAGUGAUUGGAGAAGAUGAUGGUGAUGGAUUUUUGGCGGCAGCGAGGAGCAGCGGGAGGAGAAGCUGCUUCAGCGGCGGCGAGGAGCAGAGGGAGGAGAAGCUGCUUCAGCGGCGGCGAGGAGCAGAGGGAGGAGAAGCUGCUUCAGCGGCGGCGAGAAGCUCCUCCGACCACCAUCUGCUGCUGCUUCUACUUCCCCGACGAUGGUUUAAAUGUUGCAGAUUUACUGAAGAUGCGGCUCCUGAUCAUGUGGGUCGUCAAGAUUCUUGAUGUGGUUGAAGCUCCUGAAGAUGUUGAUCAUGUGGGUGCUGAUCGCAUGCUGCUGUGUCUGCCUCUUAGCUGUGUUGCUUUUCCUUGCUCUGGGCGAUGCGAGGAGUACCUGGGAGAGGAGCAACUGGGCGCGAGGAGGAGGGCCAGGGUGCGGCGACGACAAGGCUGGGCGCGAGGAGGGGCGCGGCCAGGCGACGGGGAUGAGUUCCUGGACGAACGGCUGACGAGGGGGCGAGCGCCUGGAUGCUCUCUUUGCAUGCUGUUACCAUCUCCUAGCAGUAUAAACGAAUAUACAGAUUGA